AGUGAUUUAAUGCACCAGCUUUGUACCACGAGAGGAGCUGUGACAGAGCAGAUGCAAUUCUCCUGCUUCUUCAUUUUCUCCUGUUAUUACGCUUACAGAAAGCUUGAAGCUCUAAGGAACUUCCUUUUGAUUCAUUGCGUCAGUGUGAAGAAAGAUCAAUAAAGAAUGAGAAGUCUGAUGUGUUUGCUGUUCCUGAUGCUUUUCUGCUCUGUGCAGAUGACUUCAAGCGCUGCCAUUCAUCUUGCAGCGGCACACUCAAAGUGUUGUGGAGAGUUCACUGAUGUGAAGAUUCCUCUGAAACAAGUGACUUCUUACUACUGGACCAGCAGCAACUGUCCCAGACGCGCUAUUGUGUUUCAGACAAAAGCAGGGAAAGAGUUCUGUGUUGAUCCAGAGAGCACCUGGGUGAGCGGCCAUGUUGCUAAAGUGGACAACAGAACAACUGUCUAA